AUGUGUUAUGGCGGUACACCCGAGCUGUCUCCGACCGAAAAGGUCAUGAAGGAGACGGCCGAGAUGACUGGGGAGAACCAUAUCAACACCAUCUACCCGAAUAAAGAAGCCUAUAUUGAGGUUUAUUCUGGACUCCUGCGCUACGACAGCCUCGAGUCUAUACGCAAGGCAGUGCAGGUGCUGACACCGGGCUCCCAGGUCUUUGCCCAUGGCGCCAAUAUUAUCUGUCUCAGCGUCAUAGUCCACGUUACCCUCUCCGCUGUGCGUGCCCGACAUCUUACCACCUUUCCUGCUUCUCGGUAUCUGGCCAUGGGUACGAUCGUGGCUUUGUACCCCUUUUCGAAUAGAAUGCAGAUGGGAUAUGACAUGGCUGUGGCAACUGGCUGUUAUAACGAACUCAUUGGCAGCCCUAUGAUGUUGCAUUUCUUGAAUCUGGAAGCCCCUGAUGACGAUGUCACCUCUGGCUUCAUGAAGUCUGACCUAGAGUACGUAAUGAUCAAAGCGCGCUCAAACUGCUACUACAUGGCCGUUGGGUAUGCCUUGGAGGGUCUAAAGCAGAUGGCAAGGGAUAGUAGAAACUCUCCCCAGCGUGUCGCAAAGCCAAUAUUGACCCAAAUCUAG